AAUGGGCCCCUUGUGCAUUGGCGACGUUCGUCACGUGAUGUCACGCCUGCCUCCCAGUGAAAGCUUAACAUGAUGUGCCGUCAUUCGUAUGUCCGCGAAAUUGAAUUGUGUCAGCAAUAUUCGCGCGCAUGCGCGUAGUGACUGUGAUUCAAGAUUGUCACAAAGACACCCAACAUGGGGAACGCUAUCUCGACGCGAUUGAACGCCGUGUACAUCCUCAAGGUGCGAACCGGGGACCGCCAGAAGGCCGGGACCGACGCCAAUGUCUACGCCCGCCUCCUCGACGCCAACGGGAACGCAACGCGAGACAUUCACCUGGACAACUUCUUCCAAAACGACCACGAACGGGGCAAAGAAGGUCGCUACUACAUCGACCCCGAACCGCCCAUUGGAACGCCGACCGUCUUCGAAGUCUGGAGGGACCGCAGUGGGAUCUCCGACGACUGGUUCCUGGAGGUCGCCAGCGUGGUACAUCGGGAAACGGGAGAAACCGUCAUGGUGUUUCCCGUGAAUCGGUGGAUAUCGGCCGAGAAGACGCACGUCUUCCAAAUGUACGACUGUCUUCUGCCUCAGAACGAUGCCUUCGGAAAUCAGCGGUCCGACGAGCUGGCGCGUCGCAGAAGGAUGAUGGAAUACACGCAGAACCUGGAUGGGGCUCCGGUCCAGGUGCGCUGCCUUCCGGAAGAAGAAAAAGUUGCCGGCGACACGAAAGAAGUCCAAACCCUUAAGACAAAGAUAGAGACCAAGCUCAUUCGCGCUACAUCCACGCCCUGGACUUCUCUAGCGGAUCUCAGCAACAUUUACAAGAUGGGACUUCCCGAACCAGCCAGCACUUGCCGAUGGAAGGAGGAUUCUUGGUUCGGCGCUCAGAGGCUACAAGGGCUCAACCCGAUCGCGUUGCGCCUGUGCUUGCUCAUUCCGCCAGAAUUUCAAGCCGACGAGAUGCAGUUACUGCCCUUUCUGGAGGGAAACACGAUGGAGGAGACGAUCCAACAGAAAAAGCUAUUCUACGUCGACCUCAAGCUACUUCGCAACCUGCCCUGCAAAGACGACAGAAUGAUCGUGGCGCCCAUAGCGCUCUUCUAUUUGAACCACCUGGGAGAGCUGCUUCCAGUGGCGAUACAGUUGUUUCCGGACAAGUCGUGUGACAACCCUGUCUUCCUGCCCAGCGACCCGCAGGACACUUGGAUGUUGGCAAAGAUGUUCUUCAAUCACGCCGAUGCUAUGGUGCAUCGCGCAUGGCUGAGUCUUGGAAGGACCCAUUUGCUAAUGGAGAGCGUAUGGGUAUGCAUGCAACGGAAUCUGUCACAGUCACACCCAGUGUACCGACUUCUUGCUCCGCACUUGAUGCAUGUCGCUCAGACCAACGCGUCCAUUCUGGAAACUUACUUUGCACCAGGAGGAUGGAUGGACACCUGCACGACGACUGGAGUUCGUGGACUGACGCACAUCCUGAAGAGGGCAUUCGAAGAAUUCCGCAUUGGAGACGACCUCAAUCUGCCAAAGUCUUUUGAAGCUAGCGGGGUAACGAGUGACGUCAUCGAAGCGUACCCCUUCCGAGACGAUAUAACUCUUAUCUACAACGCCGUUCGGUCCUAUGUCGACAAGGUUAUUUCCUUCUAUUACGUCGAAGAAGGAAGCAUCGGAAAAGACAACGAGUUGCGAGAAUGGCACAAAGAACUGCACAAGGAACAGUCUCAAGGUGGAUGCGGUAUACAGGGAAUACCUGGAAACACUGAGAGCGGCUUCACGGCUGUCGACCAACUCAUCGAACUCGUAACGGGCUUGAUCGUAAACUGCACUGCAUUCCACUCCGCUGUCAACCUGUCUCAAUACGACGAAGCAGGAUUCCUGCCCAAUUACCCGACCCUCAUGCGCGGUAACAUACCCAGGGACAAGGUGUCGCGUACGGAAAAGGACCUGGUAGACCAGCUGCCCAACAAGGACACGACCCUGCAGGUGAUCACAGCACUUCGACGCUUAAGUGCGCGCCCCUCACAUGAAUUGGGAAACCAUGCCGUGCAGCACCUGUGGCAUCACAACGACGUUAAGGCACAUGAUGCGCUGAAAGAAGACUUGGCGAAAUCAAGCGACACCAUCAAGCAGAGGAACAGAACACGGAAAUACAGCUACGUCUGGUUGGAUCCUGAUGUCAUACCAAACUCGGUGUCUGUGUGAGGGAUGUCGUAACGGAAGUCCUGAUAUUGAACGUGUCGUACAUGCGUCGUCCUGUCAUGGACGACGACUGACCAAUCAAAGAGCUGGUCAAUACGUAUUUUUGCUACCCUCCAAUAAAGUAUUUUACCCAUCUAUUCUUUUUCACGAUGCCUCAUUGAAGGCAAUCUAUAUGGCUCAAAAUAAAAAUAUUUAACCGUA